AUGGCAGUGUCGAAUCCUGAAGAAAAUUGGCAGUCAGCACGAUCGACGGUCAGGGAGAGAACCAAAUUUAUGUUUAAUAACAGCCUUCUAAGUGACGUGAAGUUUGUAACAACAGGGUCUCACAACAGCACAACAGAAAUUCCAGCUCACAGAUUUGUGUUGUCGAUUGGCAGUCCCGUAUUCCUCGCAAUGUUCAAUGGUUCAAUGGCGGAGUCGACUUUAGACGUUAUUGUUUUAUCUGACUGCGAGUACGAUGCUUUGCUCGAGUUGUUUCGCUACAUGUACAGUGACGAAAUCAUUUUCAGCAGAAACAAUGUUUUGCAAGUGCUUUAUUUAGCAGAAAAGUAUAUAAUACCGUCCUUGGUCAGCAAGUGUUUUGAAUAUCUUCGUCAAAUUGUAGAAGGGUCAAAUGUGUUUUGUGUUCUUAAUCACGUUCUGCGGUGCCACCAACAAGAUAGGUUACUCAUAGAUCGUUGCUGGGAAAUAAUUGAUGAGCAAACACCAGUGGCGAUCCAAUCGGAUGAAUUUUUCACAAUUGAGCGCUCUCUACUUGAAAAAUUAGUGCAAAGAGAUUCUUUGACUGUUGGAGAGAUUGAGCUUUUUAGAGCUGUGGAUAAGUGGGCAUUGCAUCAGUGUGAAAGACUGGGUUUAGUUACUAACGGUGCAACAAAACGAAAACUAAUUGGUGAGGGAAUACUGUCAGCCAUUCGUUUCCCUGUAAUGGAAGAAAAGGAGUUUGCCAGUGUUAUUCUUGCCAGUGAAGUUCUUGUACCCCUUGAAGUGUAUGAUUUAGUGAGACAUUUCUUUUCCACUUCCGGUACACCUCCAAGGGGAUUUUUAACUAUAAAAAGAACUGGUGGUCUCAAACAUUGCCAAAGAUUUGGGUCUGUUGUGAAAUUUGGUUGGAGAGCAUAUGGAGCUGAUCAUGAAAAGGAACAUGCUCUGUGUCUGUCUGUGGAUGAGGCCAUCAAAAUGCAGGGUGUCCGAAUCUUUAGCUGUAAUAGUGAACAACAUGUAGUUACUUUGAUGGUCAAAGAUGUGUCAACAAACACAUUGCUUGCCAAGAAAACAGGAACCUUUUAUUCCCAACUGUUUCAGUACAAAAGUGUGGGGUUCUAUGGCAUCAACGUCUUGUUUGAUGAACCAGUAACUCUAGAGAAGGAUACUAAUUACCUGGUCUCCAGUUCCUUGUCUGGUUCAUGUUCAUGGCGUGGGGAAAAUGCUUUGGAGUAUGUCCAUUGUUCUGGAAUAACAUUUAGAUUCAACAAAGUGACAAAUGAGCAAUUCCCUGAAAUUCUUUUUACCCGAGAGUAA